AUGAAACAAAGAUUGACGUCUCUGGACAUAAAAAUACUCGUAUCUGAGGCUGAGAAAUCGCUGGCUGAUUGUCGCCUCCAGAACAUCUACACACUAGCCAACAGCAAUAGGUCUUAUUUGCUGAAGUUUGGAAGACCCGACCUAAAGGUGAGUCUAAUCAUUGAUUCUGGAUUCAAAUUCCAUACCACCAAGUUCCAGAGACCAGUUACGCAGCUUCCAUCAAAUUUCGUGGUGAAGCUCCGUAAGCACAUCAAGUCGAAAAGGCUAUCCAAUGUCAAGCAGGUCGGGGACGACAGAAUUGUGGUUUUCGAAUUUGCCAAUGGAUUGAACUAUUUGGUUUUGGAGUUCUUCAGUGCAGGAAAUAUCAUUUUGCUUGACGAGAAUCUCAAGAUAUUGUCCCUCCAAAGAACUGUCAGCGAACACCAGGCGAACGACAGAUACGCGGUGGCUGAAACAUACCAGAUGUUUACGAAAAGUCUUUUUGAGGAGAAUUCUGUGGAGAAGACCGGAUAUCCCGAAAUAAGUGCCGGGGAUAUCAAAUCCUGGGUCGAAGAGACCAAAAAAAAUGUUGACGAGCAGAAAGGUAAGGUCUACUCGAUUCACAAGCAGCUAUUCCUCAAGGCGAGUUACCUGUCUUCAGAUCUGAUACAUAUUCACUUGAUAAAGCUGGGCAUAGAAUUCGGAGCCAGUUGUUUCAGGCUUCUGGAAGACGAGACUGUUCUUCAACAGACCACUAAGGCUUUGCACAACGCUUCUUCCCAGCUGGAGGAACUGGUGAACACCCCAGCUGACAAAUUUCAAGGUUACAUUCUGAGCAAGAAGAAUCCUUUAUACAGGAAGGCAGAGAUUGAGAAAGACGAAUCGUCAAACUUGGAGUACAUUUACGAAGAGUUCCAUCCAUUUGAGCCCAUCCACAAGGUCAACGACAACACCAGAAUCAGCACUGUGACGGGUUAUAACAAUACCAUUGAUGAGUUUUUUUCCACCAUUGAAACCUCAAAGCACUCGUUGAAACAACAAGCCCAACAGCAUAAUGCCGAGAAGAGACUACAGCAAGUGAAAGACGAAAACGAGGCCAAGAUCAGCAAGCUUACCGAGGUACAACAGCUCAACUUCAAGAAAGCAGAGCUGAUUGUCAUCUAUAGUGACCUGAUUGAACAGUGCAAAAGUGCUGUACAGUCCUUGCUGGAUCAGCAGAUGGACUGGAAGAACAUUGAGAAGUUAAUCUCGAUCGAGAAGAAUCGUGGAAGUGAAGUUGCGGCUAUGAUUAACCUUCCGCUGAACCUGAAGGAAAACAAGAUCAACGUGAAUCUACCCGACUCGUUAGCAGACGAUGACCACGACGAAAGCGACGAUUCCAACAGCUCGGAGUCAGAGUCAGAGUCAGAGUCAGACUCUUCGGAUUCAGAGACGGAAGAAAAGCCAAAACCAGCCCACAGCAAGAAAAACAGCCAGCCAACUGUAAGUGUUUCCAUAGAUUUGGGGUUAUCAGCAUAUGCCAACUCAACUAGCUACUUUGAUGCCGUUAAAGUGGCACAAGAAAAACAGACCAAGACAGAGAAAAAUGCGAACAUGGCCCUGAAAAACACAGAGAAGAAGAUUGCCCUUGAUAUGAAACGGUUAACCAAACAACAAUCAUCUCAAGUAAGUGGUGGUCAGACUGGUCUAGUCCAACUGAGAAACAAGUUUUGGUUCGAGAAGUUCUAUUGGUUCAUCUCUAGCGAUGGGUUCCUAUGUGUUGCUGGGCGCGAUACGGCCCAGGUUGACUUGCUUUAUUACAAAUACUUCAACAACUCAAACGAUGUGUUGGUAUCCAAUGAUCUGGAUAAUGCUUUGAAAGUUUUCAUCAAGAACCCAUAUUCCAACAAAGACAUACCACCUACGACGUUCAUUCAAGCGGGGGUGUAUAGUUUGUCAACCACAAAGGCGUGGGAUAACAAGAUCGUGACCUCACCCUGGUUUGUCAAGGGCGUUGAUGUAUCGAAAAAGGACUACGAUGGUACAAUUUUGCCCAGUGGAAUGCUCAAUGUGGCAAGAGAACGUACGUAUCUACCUCCUUGUCAGCUUGUUAUGGGCUUUGGGUUGUUGUGGAUAGGUGAUGACGAAACAACAAAGAAGUACAAAUCUGCGAAGAAGACCAGAGAUAGUGAGCUAGAGCUCAAACUGGUAGAUGCUGAAAAUGGAAAGCAGACAAGAAUUGACGAGUUGAAGGAGAUGGUUGCAAAGAUUGGUGCUCCCACAGAGGAAGAUUCAAAGAUUGGCCAAGAACUUCAGACUCAUGUUGAGGACGACGUUGAAACCAUAUCAGAGUCCAUCAAUUCGCUGGAUUUGAAGCCACCAGGUCCUAACGACCAGAUUCAGAGCAAGAUCCGUGGUAAAAAAGCCAAGCUCAAGAAAAUAAAACAAAAAUAUGGUGAUCAGGAUGAAGAAGAAAGAAGGCUGAGAAUGUCUGUUCUUGGUACUUUGAAGCAGGUGGAGAAAAAAAAGUCUACAGCUGAAGCAGCCGAGUCUGCUGAUACAACGGCUCCUUCUCGUCGCCCUCCAAGCAAGAAGAUCCAAGAAGCCAAUCGUUUGCGCAAGCUGCUCGAGGAGCUCGAACAAGAUGACGAUAUUGCACAAGAAGACGGUGAAGAAUCAGAGGUCAAGAUCGGGGAGCCAUAUUGGGAGACAAUUUCAGGAUUAAUCGCUGCCCCUAACAAAUCCGACAAGAUUCUGGAUUGCAUACCCGUUUUCACACCCUGGCCAACACUGAACAGAUACAAGUACAAGAUCAAAGUUCAGCCGGGGAAUAACAAGAAGGGAAAGUCCAUUUCAGAUGUUAUUGACUACUUCUCGAGAUCGAAUAUCGCGCAGGCAAAGUCUGAGCCUGAGGACUCUGCUGAAUGGUUUGACAAACAGAAUCUCGUUGCUCAAACCAACCAGCAAAACGCUCUGAUGGCUAUCACCCCAACCAAGUUGAAGAUUGUAUUACCAGGAGGAUCGGACUCCAAGUCGAAGGGUAAAACAGGCAAGAAAAAAUAA